CAAAAGCGGAAGAGACGUGGCACAUAAACAGAGAGGAAGGGAUCAGUUUAGGUUAAUGGUGACAUAUCGUGGAACCGCCUUCUAUGUGAAAUUGACAAGGCAGCUCAAAUGACAACGUACAACAUUACCUAAAACGAGCGGGUCUUGAUUAAUGUCUGUGUAACAGCACAUGUGGCUAUGGGUCUCUGCAAGUGUCCAAAGAGAAAGGUGACCAAUUUGUUCUGCUUCGAGCAUCGUGUGAAUGUGUGUGAACAUUGCCUCGUCUCCAACCACAACACGUGUAUCGUGCAGUCUUAUCUGCAAUGGCUUCAGGACAGUGAUUACAACCCCAACUGUGCUCUGUGCAAUAAUCUACUGACCGCACAAGACACAGUCAGACUGGUCUGCUAUGAUGUGUUUCAUUGGGCUUGUCUUAAUAACCUGGCAUCUCGGCUGCCUCUCCAUACGGCCCCAGCAGGGUACCAGUGUCCCACCUGUCAGGGUCCAGUCUUUCCUCCUUCCAAUCUGGCCAGCCCAGUUGCUGAUGUGCUGAAAGAACAGCUGUCAUCUGUCAACUGGGCCAGAGCUGGUUUAGGGUUGCCACUGAUUGAAGAGCCCAUUGAAGUCCUUGAAGAGACAAAAGCUGGUGAUGUUAGUGAUUACACUGACUGGUCCACAUUUGACUCGCAAGAGCAAAAUAAUGUAUACUCCAGUCACUCUUACAACACCAGCAGCAGCCUGCCAUCAGUCUCACCUCCACCACAGGAGGACAGAGGGGGUCUUCAUAAGAAUGGAGAUCAAAAUAUCCAGGAGCACGCUGUGAUCAACUUAACUACUGCCAACACCUCUGACACUAUUAAAAUACACACAGCAUCAUCACCAAGAAAGGUCUACGACACUCGGGAUUCCCCUCACAGCUCUGUUACACAGAUUGACUUCGAUGAUGAUAAGUACCGGCGGCGUCCAGCGUUGAGUUGGUUUGCACAAAUUUUAAAGAACCGCACAGGUGGAAAACGAUCGUCUCUGUCCUGGAAACAGCGGAUGUUCAUGCUUCUAUUAGUUGGAGUUCUGGGAUUCUUUACGUUGAUAAUCAUCAUGGCUAAACUCGGACGUGCCUCAGCCGGCUCAGACCCAAAUUUAGAUCCUCUUCUAAACCCCAACAUCCGUGUGGGGAAAAACUGAUGAGAAGCAAUGAUCCCAUCUGUAUGUCUGCAACACUGCAAAAGCCUGUUUCGGGGGGAUGAAAUGGGACUCUCCAGUACAUGGUCAGCCCAGCAGAGGGAGAUGUUUACCCAAUUGUAAGAGGCUGGCAGGAUCCCUUCAUUUGUGUCAGGGAGCUGGAGCAUGGUGGGUCCUUCAGUGACUGUAAAGAAAAUAAAUUGAUAAAAAUUCUUCCAGCAUUUGUAACUUUGCAAAGAUACAAGCAGAGCGACGAACUACAAAGGUGUGCGAGGCUUGGUGCAUUGAUGAGUUAUCAGUUAUUCCUUGUUUGGUGAAGAGGGGCAGUACUUAUUAACACUAACAUUUGUAAAUGAUCUUUGUAAGUUAAUUGAAUUUUUUUUCCCUGAAAUUUCUCUACAAACAGUAUUGACGUUGAGAGAGCAACUCGUGCUGGCAGAGAUGUCUGAAUCUGUUAUAACCUGCAGCGUAACAUUUACAGAGAGUUAAACUUAGUGCUGAUAAGAAUGGAGGGGCUCUGGAUUCAUUCACUUUCAGACCUGGAGUCAAACACAAACCCACACAUACUGCACAACGAUGAGUGUCUCCAUUACAUUUUAAAACUGCGUGCUUUGCUUUUAGAUUUGCCAUACAUACUGUUCUGUACAUUUUCUGAUGUUUUCUAUUCUCUAUUAAAUGGGAAUAAUACAUAAAUUAAGCUUGUUAAUGUUCUUUUUAUAUAUUUUUUCUAUACACAGCUUAAACCAUGAAUUACGUUUCAGAUGUGUUAUACAGCUUCAAAUAGUUUUAUGAACGGCAUCAUAAACAUACUGUAUAUUGCACAUUGUUCCUUCAUGAAUCAGGCUGCUUGUGAUUAUAGAAGUAACAUGCCACAUAAUACAUGCAGUGCUCAGCUUGCAUCUGUGUAUUAUGGUGUUAUGCAAUGUUUCUCAAAAUAUUCUGAAACAGAUGCAGCAAGAAAAUCCAGUUUUAUCUGGUUUUGAAAGCUAUCAGGCAGUAAUUAGGGUUUGAAAUUGAUCCAUGAAUGUAAUGAUUUUUGAAUGAUUGCAGUUCAGUUUUAAAUACAAGCUUAUACACCAUUCACAGGGUUGGUGUUUCCACCAUAUGUGACUGACUGGGUGCAAAUGACAAGUAUGUUGUGUAGCAUUGAAUAAAAUAGAGCUUUAUACCCAAAAUCAGAAUAUAUAUUUAAUAUUUUGUCCAUAAUGUUUGUUUUGUGAAAGGCCAGUAUAGCAUUCACUUCCAGCUACCCUAAUAUUUAAUAAAUCAUUUU